AUGCGAUCUCAAAUACUUUGCAAUUUGAAGGCACCACUUAGGCAUCGUGCCCUCGUUCAGCCAACCGUCUUCCCUCGCUCCCAUUCAACCUUUGCUCCCAAGAACAGUCGUUCUGCGCCCGGGUCUACGGUGUUGAGAGCAGCCCCAACUAUCCCAUUUUUUGGUGCAUUCUUCAGCUCCAACAAACCCGAAGAGCCCAGCGGCAGCAUGUCUUACCCUGACCAGCGUAGUGAUGAUCAGUGGAGGGCGGUUCUGAAUCCUGAGCAAUUCCGCAUCCUUCGUGAGAAGGGUACCGAGCGUGCUGGGACCGGCGAGUACGAUAAACACCAUCCGACAAAGGGCGUGUACAACUGCGCCGGAUGUGACGCGCCGCUCUAUACGGCUGAUCACAAGUUUAAGUCCGGCUGCGGCUGGCCUGCCUACUUUGACUCGAUUCCCGGUGCCGUGACGAGACAUGUGGACAACACAUUUGGCAUGAAGAGGACCGAGAUCGUCUGCAGCAACUGUGGAGGUCACCUCGGCCAUGUCUUCGAAGGUGAAGGGUACUCGACGCCGACGGAUGAGCGACACUGCGUGAACAGCGUCAGUCUGCGCUUUACGGAGGACCAGGGAGCUGGAAAGGCAGCUGAAAAAUCAAAGGCUUGA